GAGAUUGAAACAGUGGAGAUUUACCUCAAUUUCUGUUUCAGUGGUGACAUUGUUGUGGUGGAAGGAACACCUUGUAUGCUGAGCUGCAAUGUCGUUCAAAAGCAUAGUACGCGAACUCAAGGAGAUGAGAGAUGGGAUUGGUAGCUUAUCGAGGCGGAGCGCAGAAAGCAAGCAUUGGCACAGUAGAGUAAAGUCACAUGUUGUUCCUGAUGUCACUCUAAAUCCACUUGAACCUGUUCAACAGGGGCAGUGGGCACAUCUACCACCUGAGUUACUUCUGGACAUAAUUCAUAGGGUUGAAGAGAGUGAGACAUCUUGGCCUGCACGCACCGUUGUUGUGUCGUGUGCUUCAGUAUGUAAAUCAUGGAGGGCUGUUACAAAAGAGAUUGUCAAUACUCCUGAGCAGUGCGGAAGGCUCACGUUUCCUAUUUCAUUGAAACAGCCCGGUCCUCGUGAGUCACCAAUUCAGUGCUUUAUCAGGAGAAACAGAGAAACUUCAACAUAUUUAUUGUACUUCGGUCUUGUGCCAUCGGAGAAUGGGACUGAUAAGUUGUUAUUAGCUGCUAAAAAGAUAAGAAGGGCAACAGGCAUAGACUUUGUCAUAUCUUUGGUUGCAAAUGAUUUUUCUCGGUCCAGCAACACAUAUGUUGGUAAACUAAGGUCUAAUUUUUUGGGAACCAAGUUCACUAUCUGCGACAACCAAUCUCCCCAUCAAGCUGGAACUCAGCCAAAUGGUCGUUCUAGUAAGAGAUUCCACACUAAGCAGGCGUCUCCGAGGGUUUCAGCUAUUUAA